AUGCCGACUGUGCACUUGCUCGACUACGCAGCGGGCAAUAUCCGCUCACUUGUAAACGCCAUUGAAAAAUUGGGCUGGGAGGUGGAAUGGAUCAAGUCACCAGGUGAUGUGGCAACGGCGGAGAAACUCAUUUUACCUGGCGUAGGCCACUUCGGCCACUGCCUAUCUCAAUUUGCCAAUGCCGGCUACGCUGAGCCUGUUAUAGCCUACAUCGAGUCCGGAAAGCCGUUCAUGGGCAUAUGUGUAGGUCUGCAAGCUUUGUUCGAAGGCUCGAGUGAGAGCCCAGCCGUACCGGGACUUGGUGUCGUUAAAGGCCGCCUGGAGCGCUUCCGCAACGAUGAGAAAAGCGUCCCCCAUAUCGGCUGGAACUCUGCCAACACCCUGUCAUGCCGCGACUCAUCCGAGCAACGUAGUGUCUAUGGUCUUAGACCUGACAGCAAGUAUUAUUACGUCCACUCGUACGCUAUGCCUUACAGAGAAGGUGAGCUUGAGAAGGACGGUUGGAACGUGGCGACGGCUCGCUACGGUAGCGAAGACUUUGUCGGAGCGAUUGCAAAGGGGAACGUGCUGGCUACGCAGUUCCAUCCGGAGAAGAGCGGCGCAGCUGGCCUCCGAGUACUGAAAGCUUUCCUGGAAGGUCGAGCGAAGGAGCCGUUACUGGCGAAUGCAAACUCUGCGUACACCAAAGAAGGACUCACUCGUCGGGUUAUUGCUUGCUUGGACGUCCGCGCCAACGACCAAGGCGAUCUAGUUGUCACCAAAGGGGAUCAGUAUGACGUUCGUGAAAAGUCGAACAAUGCAGUCCGCAACCUCGGCAAGCCCGUCCAAAAGGCGCAGCAGUAUUAUGAGCAAGGCGCGGAUGAAGUCACGUUCCUCAACAUUACCUCUUUCCGUGAUACGCCGCUCAAGGACCUACCCAUGCUAGAGGUGCUUCGACAAACAGCCGCCACCACCUUUGUCCCGCUGACGAUAGGCGGGGGCAUCCGCGACACUCUCGAUCCGGAGACGAACCGAACGGUUCCGGCACUUGAAGUAGCCACCCUCUACUUCAAGUCUGGAGCAGACAAAGUCUCGAUUGGUUCGGACGCUGUCACAGCAGCAGAGCAAUACUACGCUUCCAACCGGACACUCACCGGCAAGACCGCGAUUGAGACCAUCAGUGAAGCGUACGGCGCGCAGGCCGUAGUCGUAUCAGUAGACCCCAAACGAGUGUACGUAUCUGAUCCAGAGGCGACGACUCAUCACGCGCUCCAGACGAGCUUUCCUGGCCCGCAAGGUGAGAGAUACUGCUGGUAUGCGUGCACCAUCAAAGGUGGUCGCGAGACGCGCGACCUCGACGUGGUACAGCUAGUGACCGCUGUUGAAGCGAUGGGCGCCGGCGAGAUUCUGCUGAAUUGCAUCGACAAGGACGGUACGAACUCUGGCUUUGACAUCGAGCUGAUCAGGUCGGUAAAGGCGGCAGUCAACAUACCGGUCAUUGCUUCGAGCGGUGCUGGCAGUGCCGAUCACUUUGCGGAAGUGUUCGAGCAGACGGAUGUUGAUGCUGCGCUUGGUGCUGGGAUCUUUCAUCGAGGAGAGUGGACAGUGAAGCAGGUCAAGGAGGAGCUGCAAAAGCGCGGUUUGAUGGUCAGACGGUUUGAGGAGCAAAUCUGA